GAGACAGACAGGAGGAAGGGACGAGAGGACUGACAGAGUGCGCUGACUGUGAGGGAGAAAACAGGAGAACUGGUCUGAAGCAGAAGGAAAGAAAGAGUGAACAAAGACAAAAAGAAAGUCAGAACAGAAAGUCCACUUCUUUUCGUACGACAGAGAGAGGAGGAAGUGUUGGGAAAAGGGAACAGGUGCUGGAGAGGAACACGGCAUGGCGUCUCCUGGAAUAUCGGCGGCCUCCCUGCUCGGCGCGGCUCGUGUGUGUGCGUGUGUGGCGCUGUGGAUAUGGCUGAGUGUGUGUGCGUGCGGCGUGUGUGUGUGGUGUCAGAGAGACACCCUUGUAGCGGCUCCAACUCAGAGAUGUGAGGGAGGCUGCCGGGCCAGCCCGCCGAGGACUGACCGACCCAAACCCACGGAGGUUGUUGAAGUGACAGACCGGCUCGUUCAGCUUCAGCGAUGCAUGCGCUCCUUGAGUAGCCCUGGGUCGACCGCACACCAGAGGGGUCAAGGGUCAGAAUCAGAAUCUCUGUCGGCCAUUUUGGCUCUGAUGGCAUCCGUCUUGCUUGAGUGUGACCUCCACUGCCAUAGCAACCGGCUCCAAGAGGUGGCACAGAAAUUGGAGGGAGCUGCUGCAGGGAGAGAUGGGGAGAGAGAUCUCUUGCUGCUGCUCAAGAGCAUCACGCACACCACCCAACCUCCAACAAUGCCUCCAUCCUCCGGACUUCACCCUCAAGACUGUGCUGAAAUUUACCGUUGGGGAAUCAAAGAGAAUGGAAUUUACACAAUCCAGCCCAACCCUCAGCUACCAGCUAUAGAGGCCAUGUGUGACAUGGAGACUGACGGCGGAGGCUGGACGGUGUUCCAGCGGCGACUGGACGGCUCGGAGUCGUUUAACCGCAGCUGGGCCGAGUACCGGCAGGGCUUUGGCCGGCCGCAGGGGGAGUACUGGCUGGGCAACGCCGCGCUGCACACCCUCACGGCCAACGGCCGACACACACUCCGCAUCCACCUGCAGGACUGGCACAAGCACACACGCCACGCCACCUACAGCACCUUCAGAGUGGCAUCAGAGGCACUGAGGUUCCGGCUGACAGUAAAAGGCUACAGUGGGGACGCUGGAAAUGCCCUGAGCUACAACAAGCGCUACAACCACGACGGCCGAGCCUUCAGCACCUACGACCGCGACCACGACCGCUACACCACCGGAAACUGUGCCCGCUACUACGGCGCCGGCUGGUGGUUCGACGCGUGCUUGGCCGCCAACCUGAACGGGCGCUAUUACCACGGGCGCUACAGCGGCCUCACAGAUGGCAUCUACUGGGGCUCCUGGUACAUCCUCACCGACGCCCGCUCUGGCGAGAGAUACUCCUUCAAGACUGUGCAGAUGAUGACCAGACGUAGAGUUGCGUAAUACAGAAGCGUAGCUGCAAUUUCUUAUAUCGUAUGCAAGGGAUCGUCUGUCACGGCAGC